GCAGCCUCGGGGCAAAGGGGUCGUCACACACGAGCAGCGCAACAGCUGAGGCGGUUUCUCUGGUAACCAACUGAGCGCUGUAAACAACAGCCAACAACAUGUCAAAAAAGGAGAAAAAGAAAAAAAAGAAGGGAAAAAAGAAGUCCAAACUCGAUGAUAAAGUAAGCAAAGAAGAGGAGGAGAAAAAUUACUUAGAAGAAGAAGAAGCACGACUUAAAGCUGAACGUGAGGAGCGAGAGAGAAAAGAAAGAGAGAGACUUGAGCAAGAAGAGAGAGCAAGGAUCGCAGCUGAGGACAAAGAACGUAAAGAAAUCGAACUGCCCGAACUCCGACAUAUUCUGGAAGUACAUGAACAUAUCAUUCAUAAACAACUGAAACUACGCAGACAAAAUAUUAAGUGGGCACGCUAUAUGCGGUGCGAUGGGACUCCGGAUCCAGCAAUACUGGAUGAGAUCAACACGUUCAUCAACCUUUCCGCAGAGAAUCCAAUGGUAGAAAUAAAAUUCUUGCUGGAGGAAUGUAGGACGAUUCUAAAACUGAUAAAUGAAUUGGAGUCUUUAUUAAUCGACACUCCCGCGAGCGAGAUGGACAGCCCCAUUGUGCUUCAGCACCAACGCACAAUUGUAUAUUUACAGGAACUCGUCUCCCAGAAAAAUGACAAAGUCACUGAAUACUUCUUACAGAACGCUGUUUCCCUUGUUGACAUCGAGACAGGGAACAUGCAGGAGGUAGUCGGAGAUGAGAACGUUACUCAGUGCGUGUGGGCAAACCUCAACAAAAAUCCCAGAUUCAAGGGCUACGAUUUCCAAGAAGCCAAAAUGGAAUUUGAGCUUCCUAAAGCCCUGACGAUGUGUGACAUUGCGGUGAGGAUCAUGCAUGUGCAUUAUGACCAUCUGACUUGCCUUGAGCCUGUUUGCCAGAUGUUGACAAAUAGUAACACAAAGGUGAAGGUCGGGGUACACGCAACAUUUGAAGAAAAUAUGCACGCAGACAAUGAGCUAUCUGACGAUGACACAAAGCAGACAACUCAGUCAGACAAGUCCAAGCAACUUUUAUCUGUCAGCAGUCCAGAUGACACAAAAAGCCAGACGCCAAGCAAAGAGAAAGUAAAUGGAAUCCGGGAUGUGAAAACACCGACGCUUGAAGCGGAAAUCAUUUCAAAUGGAUUGAUAACUCCGUCACCAACAGACAGGGAGAAGCAUCUGUUGCCACAUUUACCUGUUGGUAUGGGUGUCACUCCACCUAUGUCUCAGCACGUGACUCCACCUCAGUCCAGGCCUUUGACUCCACCUAUAGAUUUGGAGGACGGGUUUACAGCUGACCUGAACGAGUACACACCUUUAGGUGGCGUGUUUUACUUUGAUGUCCUGAAACUGCCACCUCAGCCCACGUUUAUUAACGGAUGGACAAUCGUACAGGUAUCGGAUACAGGUUUACAAAUGUAUCCGUACCCCUCGGAAAGAGUGAGACAAACCAAUUCAAAUAUAGGCACAGACAUUCCCGAGGAAAGAGAAGGGGAAAUCAUUCUUCCUUCAUUACCAGCCGGGAUAAGGGUCCAACUCCCUAACACUGCGAUGUUCUUUGAACAACCAACACCAGCUCGAUGGAAUCCUGCAGCUAACUGUUGGGUCCUGGAUGGCAUUAGCAACAUUCAGUUUGACGAGGAGGAGAAGACGCUGGGAUUUAAGAUGGACACCUUCAACAUUUUCACUAUGUUACAGAGAGCUCAUGUUAACAUGCCAUUUAAAUCCUGGCUGCUCAGACCCACAGCAACAACAGAGGCUAUGUUUACUGUUGUUGCCAUCUAUGUGGAGGUGAACAUAGUCAUACAAGUGAAGGGUUUGUGUCGCCUGAACCCUCUCCCUGAAGACCCUGAGAGUGAAGACCCACCGGAGACUGACAACCUUGCCCACAUCAGAGGAAAAUGGAUGUCAGCAUCUUCUCUCAUGUACGCGCUGAAAAACAGCGGCCUGAACAUUUUCCCCGGAUACGAAUCUGACGCGUACGUUGAAAUAAAUGCCAAGCACAAGCAGUUAGAGCUGGAUACCUAUAUACAGAUGGCGUUGGUAGCAUCCACGAUAGGUUUCAAAUCGAGCAAGUGGAAUUCAGAGUCUGGUGAGAAUGACAUCCUUUUGCAGGCCACUGAACAUCUUCAAGAUGCAGCUUUAAAUGACGGAGAUUGGUCUCUUCUUUUGCUGACACCUGACAGAUCAAAUAAGUUGAAGAUGAAGGAAUCAGAUGAAACGUACUCAAAGGACAUUGCUGAGAACAGCAAUUUCUACUCCAACCUAUACCACACGGUAAUGGGGGAGUCCAGUGAGGCUACAGCCCAAAGAAUUAGAUAUUCUGAUCAUCUCUUUAUUGAUUCAGUCCAUAAAUUGUUGUGUGGUUCAAAGAUGUUAACAUACACAAACAUCAUCAAUUGAAACUUUUAUUGAACAGACUCAUUUCCUUGCAGAAUGUUAAUUUAGUUUACAGAUAAAUAGACACGUUUAUAUUCACUCAAACUUACUUAUUGAACAUUCAUUUAUUGAGAGUUAUUUAAAAAUGACCUCUCUCCUCCCACACAAAAAAAAAUCUCUAGUGACAUUUGCAGAGGAUCGGGUAAACAUGAGUAGAGUAAACUUUAAGUAAAAAAUAUUUUUACGUCUUAAAACUAAGACUUUCCAGGUUUGGUGAAAGACGUUUUUAAUUAAAGAAAAAUUUAGUUUUACCAA